AGCACAUAAGAUGUAGACUUAUGAAAAUCUUACAUUCUUUUUCUUCAGUGUAGAGUUCAAUCGCUUACGGUCAAACCAGAAUGUUCACGAGGGUUUUACAUAACCCCCUCAAUCUAUGUACGGUAUGAUAAUUUAUUCAAAAACUAGUCCUUUUUAGCUGUUAUCAUUGCAUCACUGUCGCGAGUAACAACCAGCCCAUUUAUGAAUGAAUCAUGAAAGCUUCCACCACAACUAUGGUUGGGGCUCUCGAACUUCCCGGUGACCUCGUGCUCGUUAAAAGCUCUCUCUCGCAAGUUCUCUCUCUUUCGUAAAACUGGUUUUCUCGCAUGUUUUGAUCGCCCAACACUUCUUCAGCAGUUGUGUUGUGGUAGCAGCUCAGGUCACCUGCGGGCACCUCGAGGUUUCCCCAAAUAAAAGCCUAGAUUUCCGGAGAAUCCACGAUGGUCCUGUCGUACGUGGCACCGUACCUCCGGCACAUCGUCGUAAUCGGGAUGGCCGUCGUUCUGUUUGCCGUGCUGUCCCGGGAACCUGGCUCCGCGCCAGGUCGAGAAGCUCCCGAAGUCAGUACGGCGGAGGGCGUGCUGACCGAGCGCGAGCUGGCCCAGUACGACGGCACCGAGGGCAGCAAGGGCCUCUACCUGGUCAUCCUCGGUCACGUUUACGACGUGCAGAGCGGGGCCAAACACUACGGACCCGGCGAGUCGUACAACAUGUUUGUAGGUCACGACGCGUCCCGCUCGUUCGUGUCGGGCGACUUUGAGCAGUACACGCCGGAAAUGAGCGACGUGAGCUCGCUGACGGACGCCGAGAUCCGGAGCAUCGUCAAGUGGAAGUCGUUCUACGACGAGACGUACCCGUACGUGGGCAAGCUGGCGGGGCGGUACUUUGACGCGCGGGGGGAACCCACGGAGUACAGUCGGGUGGUCGGGCAGCGGGUGGCGCGGGCCGAAGCGGAAGAGGAGGCGGCGGCGGUGAGUGGGGAGGAACUUCCGACGUGUAACGUCGAGUGGAAGCAGGAGAGCGGGACGCGGGUUUGGUGUACCAGUCGGAGUGGGAACGGGGUGGAGCGGGGCUGGGUGGGGCGGCCUAGGAGGUACGCGGAGACGAGUGAGAAGCGACCGCUUUGUGUUUGUGUGCGGGAAGGGGGAGAUACGGAGCAGUUGGUGCCGUUUGACGGGUGUGAUCCCGCGAGUGACAGCUGCUUUGUCAAGGAGGAGGAAAAGUAGGGAAAUUGUGGGAACGCUUGUUUAGGGAUUUUCGAAAUGAGUAAAGAAAAAAAAUGACAGUUUCAAGUUGUCACCUCACUACGAA